AGGUGCGCUGUGAUUGAUGGGCUUGCUCUGUCUCCAGUCUAUCAACAGGCUGCUGUUCAUACACGUUUGGCUGCAAGUCUGUGAUGCAGUUACAGUGCCCCGGCCUCCAGUGACGUCACCUCCAGGCAGUGGUGUCACUCUCAGCUGCUCUUUUUCCUAUAAAGAGGGGGCUGAGCUCAGAGGAUUGGUGGUUACCUGGCAACGCCCUCCUGUCGAUCAUGUGGUCCACAGUUUCUAUUUCGGUCGAGACCAGCUGGAUCUGCAGAAUGAAGCCUACAGGAAUCGGACCCAGCUGUUCCCAGAGCAGCUCAGUGUGGGGAACGCCUCCCUCAGACUGAAACAGGUGCGGGGGGAGGAUGAGGGCCGGUACACCUGCGCUGUGACCAACCAAGUGGAGAGCACCAGGGGAGACGUGCAGCUCCUAGUGGCAGCUGAAUUCGUCGAGCCUCAGCUGGUCGUUACUGACAGUCCGGACAGCCCCGACCAGGCUCUCCUGAGCUGCAUCUCGAGAGGAUACCCCAGCGCUUCAGUGCAGUGGCUCAAUGAGACCGGCUGUGACAUCACAGAGAGCAGCAAGACUAGCCAAUCGCUGGACAGGGAUGGGCUGGUGGAAAUCUCAAGUCACAUUCUAGUGUCCAGGGAUGCUAAUUAUACCUGUGUUCUUACCCACAGCCGACUGAAACAAACAGUCAAGAAGACGAUCACUUUAACAAAGAAGGGUUAUCCGGAAAGACAUCGCAUUGUCUUGUGGGUCGUCUUCACAGUGAUAGCAACGAUGAUCAUUGUAAUCUACCUGCUUUUCAAGCACCGCCGUGCUACCGGCACACCAGCAGGUAGUGGAGAACAUGCCCUGUUCGGUAGAAUGGCUUCCAGGAGUCCAUCACACGUGUAGAAGUAUCCUGUCUCAGGGAGUUGUUAAUGUACAUUGUAGAAGCUCUAUUAACGGGUGGGCAGUAUUGAGCAAUACCGGACCGCUCAAGGGCGUAAUGAGACCCGGGGCCACACGUAGCUUGUAGCUCCUGGAAGGUGCGGUAUUUCCCAAUAACGCCCACCCUGUCGGGUCUCUUUGCACUUAGAAAAUGGACAGCUGUUACGAAAAAAAAGACAGAAACAAAUUUUUUGGUUUAAAACUUCAACAUUCGGUGGCUCAGGGAUAUCCGUCCAGGUGAAAAGGCACUUAUGCCGGUACUUUUUAUUUCCUGGUCAUCUAUUGAAAGCUAGUGCCAAGGAUACUAGGCAAUGAGGAAAUAAAAAGCCAACUAUAGAAAAAUGAGUGCUGUCAGGUACCCGGCUGGGACGGUAUUGCUCUUCCACGACACAAAGACAAUCGGUGAACAUUAUUGCAAAACAAAGCGCUCUAAUACAACAUUAGGCAAUUGACUAAACAGUAUUCCAAAAACUGUUCUUGCCGUGCUUUCUCAGUCCUACAGUAUUCAUUCAUUUGUUUAUUGCCCCGUGCGUGUUAACCCGAGACAGAAUCAACAAGAGGAAAGCGCGCUCACAAACACAAACUGGCUUUGAAGUUUGGCGUAAAAAAAACGUAAUUCUAUAAAUUUCUUGAUUUUAUUUAACUCUGUUAAGUGAUUUUUAAACCAACAUGUUACAUAUUCAACAAAUCUAUAAAUAAAUAAGCCAUUCCACUGGACAGGAAAAUUGGCAAUGUUGUAACUAUUUAAAAGGGAGAUCAAUUUCACCGUGGAAAUUACAGAACGAUAAGCUAAACAUCAACCAUAUAUAAAACCAUAGAAACUAUAAUAAGGGGAAAAAUAUUAUAAUAUUUAUAUAAUAACAACGCUAUAGGAGACAGCCAGCAUGGCUUUAGGAAGAGUAGACCUUGUUUAUAUUUAUUAGAUUUCUUUCAGGGGAUGAAAGUCUAAAGUCAACUUGACAGGCUAUAGAGCAGAGACAGUUGAAUUCAAAUCUAGAUAAGUUAUAUUAAAAUGAUAUAAUGUGCUGGCAUGACCACACCUAGAAUACUGUGUACAGUUUAGGUCCCCGUAUCAUAAGAAAGACAUUGAGGCACUGGAGAGAGUACAGGGGAGAGCGGCCCGAUUAACGAUGAAGUGCUAUCGGACCACGCUGGCACCGAAGCCUUUUCCCGUUCUGGAAUGUCUCAUGUUCUUAUGACUCCUUCCUUUCGCUCUCCACCCCGAGCUUCAACACCUCAACCAGGCAACUGUUGCAGAGGACUCUGUGCACCUCGCUGUCUGGAAGUCAGAAAUGUAGACCUGCACUACUUAAGAACAUACAAGAAGUUUAUGCGAUCCACCAGGGCGCAUGCCUUGCUGCAAACCAACCUCCCUACUGAAUGGAACUGAUUUAAAAGAACUGAAUUUAGUAUUUUUUUGUAAUGUUUUGUAAAAAAAAAAAAAAAUAAUAAUUGUAAAUUUUUAUUUCUAUUUUCUUUAAACUGUAAGAAACUUUACAAUGUAAUGCAUUUCACUCUAAAAAUACGUUUUGUUUUAAAAUGAACUCUUCUAAUAUGGGCACUACUUAAAAUUGACACGGAGGCCUCUCUGGAACGCAAAUGCUGUUACGCACCGGCAGCAGCACUUGCCCCUGUGUAAUACCCCCUUGUGUUUUCCCCUUUCCGUUACUGCACCAGCCUCCUUUCCAGCGCUAAGACAUGUGUGAUAAAGGGGAAGGAGAAAAAGGCAAGCGGAGGAGUGGAGCUAAAUUUUUUAUGUGUUGGAUAAACUACGCUGUGUUCUGAUAAAGAAAAUUAAUGCAACCUUCAUUGUUGGACCCCUUGCAUCGUCCCCGAGUCAUUACAAAUACAACCUUACAUGUGUAGGCGGCAUCCUUUAUUACCCAUAUCGUGUGUUGUGUAGUGAGAGAAUUGUAUCUCUGUAAUUUGAUCCAUUGUGAAU